CUAUGUGCCGCGUCCUGAUCAACUCGGUUACGUACUCGUGGAGUUACGUUGUUCACACAAACUGCUCCUUUCAAACGCUACAAAUCUAGGAGUUUGAUAGUUGAAUCAUACUGUACAAAUUAAUCAUGCCUUCGUCCAUUUCGUGGAGUUCUUGCCUGGGUUUCUUUCGAAGCAAUCGAGCUUUUUCGACCGCUCUUGUAAUCACUGUGCUCAUCGCUGACGAAACUUUUUUGUCUGCUGUUGUACCAGUGUCUCCUGAAGUUCUACUCCAUCUUUGUUACCGGAAUGUGUACCGUUCUAUGUGUCUGGAGCUCUCACAUCAGACGGGACUAUUCAACAUGUCGGAAUGUUUGACGGGGCAGACCGAGUCUUAUCACAGUUCAAGGGAUGUCACACCCUCUAAUACAACCAGCUCCACUCCAGAUCCCCUCUUAGCUCCCCUACACGACUGUCGUGAGAGGCUUAGUUUCCAAAAUGGGUUGCUCCUGGCAACAACGUUCUUGAUGAGGAUCUUGCUGACUGUUCCUGCAAUCUUUAUUGUCGAUAAGUGAGACUUCGAACAUGCAGGACUGUACUCAAUUU